ACACUCAAUUGCUCUGAGUAUGGAAAUGGAUCUUGCCUGGAAAACGAAAGGCCCCUGGGCGUCCGAGCUGCCAUGUAUGCAUUCAUGGCCGGAGCCAUAUUCAUCACGGUGUUUGGCAACCUCACCAUGAUCGUUUCCAUCUCCUACUUCAAGCAGCUUCACACCCCAACCAACUUGCUCAUCCUGUCCAUGGCAGUGACCGAUUUCCUCCUGGGGUUCACCAUCAUGCCCUACAGCAUGGUCAGGUCGGUGGAGAACUGCUGGUACUUCGGGCUUACAUUCUGCAAGAUUCAUUAUAGCUUUGACCUGAUGCUUAGCAUAACGUCCAUUUUCCACCUUUGCUCCGUGGCCAUAGAUAGAUUUUAUGCGAUCUGCUACCCUUUGCGGUAUUCCACCAAAAUGACAAUUCCAGUCAUUAAGCGGUUGCUACUUCUCUGCUGGUCAGUCCCCGGAGUAUUUGCAUUCGGGGUGGUCUUCUCAGAGGCCUACGCAGAUGGAAUCGAGGGCUAUGAUAUCUUGGUGGCUUGUUCCAGCUCCUGCCCUGUGAUGUUCAACAAGUUAUGGGGGACCACGAUGUUCGUGGCAGGUUUCUUCACUCCUGGGUCCCUGAUGGUGGGCAUUUAUGGCAAAAUUUUUGCAGUAUCCAGAAAACAUGCUCGUGCAAUCAGUAACUUACCAGAAAAUCAAAAUAAUCAAAUGAAGAAAGACAAAAAAGCAGCCAAGACUUUAGGAAUCGUGAUGGGUGUUUUCUUAUUAUGUUGGUUUCCCUGUUUCUUCACAAUUUUAUUGGAUCCCUUUCUGAACUUCUCUACUCCUGUAGUUUUGUUUGAUGCUUUGACGUGGUUUGGCUAUUUUAAUUCUACAUGUAAUCCCUUGAUAUACGGUUUCUUCUAUCCCUGGUUUCGCAGAGCACUUAAGUACAUUUUGCUGGGUAAAGUUUUCAGCUCACCUUUCUAUAACACUAACCUGUUUACUCAAAAAGAAAUGGAAUAG